AUGCUGCAAGUGAUCAUUAUUCUAAUCACAACCCUGUCCCUUUCGUCUUCGGCGAUCGUACGGGUCAAACGCAAUGGUUUUACAAACAACUAUGGAUAUGGCCGACAUGGAAUCGGUCCUACCAAUAUAGGAGUCGAUAGCUUUGGCUAUUACAGGGACAAAUUUUACAACAGUGGACUUCCGCCACUGUACACACAUGCAACCUACCGUAACUAUUAUCACGAAAUUUCAUUCCACAAAAACAAAUAUGGACUUCCUGCUCCCACAAAUUUCGAAAUCUUACAGCAAGAGAGAUUUGGACCUUACUACAACGGAGUUUGGGGCUAUGCAGAUCAAUCACCGUAUUGGUAUGGAAAGUAAGAAAGCGGAUGCUACUGUACAAAACUGUGCUUUACAUUCAGUUGGAAUUUUUGG